AUGAACGUUUCUCUUCAUGUUGGAGUUAUGAUUUGUUACGAUCGAGAACAGCCAGAAUCUGCUCGUAUUCUCAUGUUACAAGGAGCUGAAUUAAUUCUUAUUCCAAACGCUUGUUUCCUUGAUCCCAUUCGUCUUGCCGAAUUACAAGUUCGAGCAUUUGAAAAUGCUCUUGUCACCGCUAUGGUUAAUUAUCCAACCCCACUCUACAAUGGAUGGUCAAGUGGAUACGAUGUGGAUGGACAUCUGUUAAAUACUACGAAUAAUCAAACCGGAAUAGUGAUGGUUACAUUCAACAUUACACGUACUCGAGAAUAUCGGACAACGACCAUUUUUGGGGAUGCUUUUCGACGACCUCAGCGUUACGGAGAUUUAAUUAGAUUCAAAAAGAUGUUAGACUUUAAAGCUACUAACUUUUAUGGACGAAAUCGUCUUUUUUAG